AUGAGCUCUACAAACAAAAGCUGCAAAGAUGAGGAGGGUGAACCAGUUGACACGAAGCUGUAUAGAGGAAUGAUCGGAAGCUUACUCUACCUGGCGGCGAGUCGACCAGAUCUAAGUCUAAGUGUGGGGAUAUGUGUUAGAUAUCAAGCAGAACCAAAGAAGUCUCAUCUGAAGGCAACUAAGAGAAUCAUUCGAUAUGUCAAAGGCACGGUUAACCUUGGGAUCUACUACUCAAAGGGAUCAAAUGGAAAUCUUGCUGGAUACUGGGAUGCAGACAUGGCUGGAAGUGCAGACGAUCGGAAGAGGGAUGAGGAAAGGGAUGAUGCAGAGGCGCCCAAUGUUCAGAUUGUGUCUUACAUCAGAAGCAAGUAG